AUGGGAGAUUUUUCUUGCUUUUUUUAUGGAACUUUGAUUUUCACUCAGAUAUUGAGGCGCGUAAUUACUGAAGGGCAGUCGCUGAAAGAGUCUGAUGUAGUAUUUGGACCUGUUAUUCCCGCCGUGUUGAAGGGAUACAGACGGCAUAAGGUCUUCAACGCUGUUUAUCCAGCAAUUAUAAAAGGCUCGGAAAACGAUGAGACACGAGGAGUUCUUGUUAGUGGAUUGACAUCACAAGAUAUAUCGCGAUUAGAUCUAUUCGAGGGCCAUGUAAGUCAGAGUACUCACACUUUAUACGAUGAAUCGAGAGUAAUCUAUAAUCAACAGUUUCCAAAAUCUCAAUACUUUACUGUUUUCCAUCCCCGUGAUAAUCACUUUCGUGUAUCUCAGCAAUAUGUUCGAACAGACGUCGAAGUUUUAAUAAUAGAGGAAGCAAAACGCAAUUCAUUCCAUUCCGAUCCCGAUCUUGUAGACUCUGAUGUAGACGUUAUCUACACACCCCCACCCAGAGAACGUCUCGUCCCGGCACAGACGUAUGUUUGGAACGAUGCUCCUGCUCUGUUAGAAAAGGACGAUUGGGAUCCAGAGGAGUUUCAGACUAACAUGAAGAAAUGCGCAAAGAAGUUUGUGAGCAUUAGUUCUGCAUUACUCUCGCUAAUAGUCAUGAGCGGAAGGAUAUUGCGUCAAAGACGCCAAAGAAAUCCAUACUUAUCGACAGCCAGCAACGCACACUAUGUUGGCUAUGUCGAAGACGACGAAUCGGUCGAAGCAAUAAUGAAAAAAUUCGAAGAACUAGAGAGACUCCAAGUUGAGUUUGCUGCUGCCAAACCCCGAGAUUCCGCUCAUAGUCCCUCGCCGGCUCAAACGGAAAAUGAAAACUUGACGGAAGCCCAAUUAGAAGAGGUUUUCAAGAGGACUUCGAUAUUCACUAUCAAGUCUGCUACUUUCUUACCUUCUACCGAAGAUGCUGACGAUUUAGAAUUGUGGAGGAUUGAGGUUGAAGAUGGAAACACCGCCGAAUUUGAGGAAGAGGAUGAUUAUUUGGCGGUAGACGAUGCAUUCUGGGAUGAGGAAUUCGGAACUAGUAGUAGUAGGCAAAGACGAACCAAGGCCGAUAAAUCAGAGAGACGGCGUGGAAUAGGAAGGGAGAUUAUACUACAACGAUAUAAAGUAAUGCAAGUAAAACUGCAAGACAGGAAUGGAAACUACUUUACAGUGAAAAAGAAAGUGAGCAAUGUCAAUCCAGCAUUGCCCACAUAUAUAAGAAUACCAUCAUUGCCUGUUCCUCUUUCAUGGGCGCAUACUAUUUUACCGCCAACAGAUGAAAUAAAGGAUGGCCAUGGAUCAAGGUAUUAUGAAGCUGAUAUAUUGACAAUGAAUCUUCUACGUCUUGGAAAGAACUUUCAAGCAGCUUUGAUAGAUCCGCCAUUAAUUCUUCCAGGCGAAUCUCCAUCACCACACAAGAUUACGCUGUCGCAAUUUGCUUCAUUAAAUAUAACAAAGAUAAUCCCCGUAGGAUUCCUUUUUAUUUGGGUUGAGAAAGAGUAUCUUCCGGAUAUAAUUCAGAUUGCUGACAAAUGGCAUUUUCGAUACGUGGAGAAUUUCUGUUGGGUUAAGAAGCACAUCAACAAUCAGAUUGUCAAAAUGCCAUAUAAAUAUUUUCGUAAAUCAAAGCUGACGCUUCUGGUUUUCAGAAAGGAAGGCGACAUUGAGUUACGGCACCAGAGAAAUCCAGAUUGUUGUUUUGAUUUUGUUAAACCACGAACUGAAGAUAUGCUUACGGAAGAGAAACCUCGAAUAAUCUAUGACAUAAUAGAAACACUGUUACCUCAAGCUGCAUACAGUGCUGAAAAUUCCAAUGGUGAUCGGUUAAUAGAACUGUGGGGGAAGAAAGGACGGAGACGACAAGGAUGGACUAGUGUAGUGCAAAGAAUAUGA